GGCCUCACCCAGGCUGCAGUCUGGGAGUUCUCUGAGCCUCUGCUUCUCCUCUACCAGGGGAGGCCCAGCACCCGCUGGGUGGCACAGGGAUGCCUCUCCCACAGUACUCUGUGCCGAGUGGGUACCACCUCCAGCCCUGUGGGAAGCGAGGGGGCCGGUGAAAUGGGGAGAGAGCAUCCAAGAUCCGGAUGGGUGUCCACAGCUAACGAGGGCCUUCCAGAAUGCCAGGAGUUGGCUGGGCCUCCCUGCACAACCAGCCCCAGUGCCCUGACGGAGCCCCUCCCGGCGGGCAGCGGCCGGCCCGUCCAUGUCUCCCGGGGCAUCGGCGGCACCAGAAGGACCGCGGCCGCCCCUCGCCUUCCGCACCGACCCCGGGGGCUCCCCGGACCGCUGACCUCCCCUCACCCCCCUCCGACCUCCUGCUCCCGCCGCGCCCGCCCGCGAUGUGGCCAGAACGGCUGGCGGCCUGGAGCUGGUCGCUGGACGGUCUCCGGGACGGCAUCGGCUCGGGCAUCCAGUCGGUGCGGGAUUGUGACGCCGCGGCCCUGGGCACGGUGGCCUGCCUGCUGCUGCUCUUCCUGUGGUACUGCUACCACGUGGGCAGGGAGCAGCCUCGGCCUCACCCGCCGGGCAUGGGCAUCGGCCUGGGCAUCGGCCUGGGCGCCGAGGCCGGCGGGCUGCAGAACGGCUUCGCCUACUGCCAGUCGGCCGAGUGCGUGCGCUGCGGGCCCCAGGACGGCCUGAACCAGAAGCUGUACCGCGGGCUGCAGGAGUACGCCAAGCGCUACUCCUGGUCGGGCAUGGGCCGCAUCCACAAGGCCAUCCGCGAGCAGGGCCGCUACCUGGCCGGCCGCGCCUCCAUCCAGAAGCCCGAGGUCUUCUUCCUGCCCGACCUGCCCACGGCGCCCUACUUCCCCCGCGACGCGCAGAAGCACGACGUGGAGGUCCUGGAGCGGAACUUCCAGGCCAUCCUGGGCGAGUUCGAGAGCCUGUACAAGGCCUUCUCCAACUGCAGCCUGCCGCAGGGCUGGAGGAUGAACAGCACGGCCAGCGGCGAGUGGGUCACCUUCUACCUGGUCAACCAGGGCGUGUGCGUCCCCCGGAACUGCAGGAGGUGCCCGCGGACCUACCGCGUGCUGGGCAGCCUGCGGACCUGCAUCGGCAACAACGUCUUCGGCAACGCCUGCCUGUCCGUGCUCAGCCCCGGCACCGUGGUCGCCGAGCACUACGGCCCCACCAACAUCCGCCUGCGCUGCCACCUAGGUCUGAAGACCCCCAGUGGCUGCGAGCUGGUGGUGGGGGGCGAACCCCAGUGCUGGGCGGAGGGCCGCUGCCUGCUUUUUGACGACUCUUUCCUGCACACGGCUUUCCACGAAGGCUCAGCCGAGGAGGGCCCGCGGGUGAUCUUCAUGGUGGACCUCUGGCAUCCCAACGUGGCAGCCGCUGAACGGCAGGCCCUGGAUUUCAUCUUUGCCCCAGGACGAUGAGGCCCGGCGCCCGAGUCGUGAGAGCAGCCGGGGGUCCGGCCUGGGUGCCCCGGGGACAUCCCGGCCCCACAGCGUGGCCACGUCAGGCUGGAGACCGCCCACCAGCCGGCUCUGGGGAGGCAGCUGUGCCUUGAGUCAGCUGGUGUCCGCCCCGUCCUGUUUCCCUUCCCGCCCUCUGCUUCUGUGACUCCUGUCUGCCGGGCUACGGACACCAACACGCCCCGGGGACGUCUUAGCAUCUCUGAGUUCUCAGCGGGGAACACGGGUGGACACACAGCCAAAUAAGACCUCACACCAGGGAGCCACGGCGGUGGGGGGGCAGCUACGGGGGCCUCUUCAGCCUCCAUCUUCCUCCCAGCAAGGAGACUCCAACCAAAACCUGGGCCUGGGGACACAGCCAGCCCUGCUCCCUGCAGCCGUUGGGGCCUGAGGGCAGAGCACAGGCUGCUGGGGCAGAGGGGCGGCUGCCCGUCUCCGCGGCCUCACUGCAGCCAGCUCCCCUCACUGCCUACAGAAGUGUUACUGCCAAGCCAGGCUGGGGUCUCCCCCUUCCCUGAAGGCCGGGCCUGCUGUGAGGACCCCUGAUCCUCCCUCGCGGGGGACAUGGUGGGGACAGGAGCUCUCCGUCCACCUGGCCCAAGCGUCUGUUCUGCUCUGUGUUUCCGUCGCCCCUGGCUUUCUGUGGCUCUGUCCAUGUGCUGGUGUCGGAAGGCUGGACCGGGAGGGAGAGGAGACGGCCCCGGGCCCUGUCACUGCUGUGCCACUCACGAGGGUCGCCACCCUUCGUCCCGGCUCGACCAACAGCCUCCGUCAGCCGCUGUGUCUCAGGGUGGCCUUCAGUUCUUCUAGAGCUGCCUCUCUCUCCCUUCUUAUUUUAUUUUUAAGAUUUUCUCGGGUGAAUCUGUCACAGCAGCGUUUGAUUCCGGAAGCGUGGAGCUGGAAGGAACAGACCUCGGGCCACAGGCCAUCAUCAUCCAGGCGGCUCCGGGGUCUCAAGACCUUCCCGCCCCAGCGGCCGCCACCACCACGCCGGCCGCCGCCACCGAGGAGGCGUCUGCAGCCCACGCUCCAUGUUUACAGCGCCCGUCCAGGGACGGCAGGGACGGGAGACAAAUAAAGGAGUGUGCUGGAAA